AUGAGCGCAUUAACAAUAUCUUCAUACGAAUUUAUACCAUAUUCUAAAAUCCUAAAAUUGUUAAUAUCGUUAAUUACAAAAAAUUAUUUUGGAUUAUCAUAUUUAGAUGAUGACAUACCUUAUAUAUAUUUCUGUAUCGUAUUUGCAUUUGGAUUUAUAAUACAACAUGGAUUCGGCCUUCUAGAAAAGAAACAAAUAAAAAAGAUGGAAGAUAAAUUAGAAAAAAUAUCAAAAGACACCAAAGUAAAUAAUGAAAAUAACAACAAUAAUAAUAUUAAUGAUGGUCGUGAUGAUGAAGAUGAUGAUAUAUUUUAUGAUGCUCUUGAUACAUUUUAUACAUCACAUGAAUUAUUAGGUGCAUCUAGUGCUUCUCUUCCUUUGAAGAACACGGAAAUUAAGGAAAUUAAUCAAUAG